UAAAACCAACAUGAGUUAUCAAAACAUCCCGAAGGACCUGCGCGGUCUCCGUGCUUGUUUGGGUUGUUCUCUGAUCAAGUCUUUCGACCAGUUCGAGAACGACGGCUGCGACAACUGCGACUUUCUUCGCAUGAAACACAACUCGGACAACGUCAUGGACUGUACGAGCAAAAACUUCGACGGCAUGAUCGCCUGCAUGAACCCCGAGGGUAGCUGGGUGGCCAAGUGGCAGAGGGUCGCCACCUUCGUUCCCGGCAUGUACGCCAUUUCGGUGUCCGGCGCACUACCCAACUCCAUAGUGCGGGAGAUGAAACGUCAGGGCAUCCCGUACAGGAACAGGGACACCAGCGGAAAAAUAUAAAUGAUGAAAUGCGUUGUACCUGAUCCGUAAUUAA